ACCCGCUCAUUCUACUAUUACAAUGAAGACUGACAUCGCGUUUCAGUUCUCUUGUCUGAUGCGGCCUGCCGUUAGUGAGACUCCAAUGUAUAUAUGAAUGGACUCUACAAUUACAUCUAAUAGCUCAAUGUUACAGUCGUUGCAAGAUCUAUAUUUCUGUCGGCACCGAUGUUUUCAAUCGUAAUCUUGCUCUCACUCCUGGCUGUUUCGGCUGAUGCGGAUUUUUUUCAAUUCGACAGCAUUUCAAAUGUUUCUACCUAUUAUUUCAAUUACAUCUAUUGCAAUAUAUGGGAAGGAGACUGUCAACCACACCAGGAUGAUGCGACACAACAAGUGCCUACUGGGGACAUUUGGUCAGGGUUUCCCCAGUACUACACUGGCAUGCUGACUGCUUGGUACUGCAGCCUGGGUCAGUGCUGUGAUUCAGGGGACUGUAGGAUUACAAAUAACAUCACAGGAUUGGAGAGAGAUCUACAGGUAAAGCUCCACGGGCAGCACCUGGCCCAGUCUGUGGUUCUGAAAGCGAUUCAAGGAUUCAUCAAAAACCCUGAGUCCAACAAACCACUGACUCUGUCCUUUCACGGCUGGUCUGGGACAGGCAAGAACUUUGUGGCCCGGAUAGUAGCGGACAACCUGUACCGGGAUGGUAUAAAGAGCGAAUGCGUCCGUUUGUUCAUUGCCCCAUUCCACUUCCCACAUGCGAGAUUGGUGGACGUGUACAAGGGCCAGCUGAGAGAAGCCAUUCGAGACCUGGUUCUGCGGUGCCCACAGACUCUUUUUAUCUUUGAUGAGGCAGAAAAGCUUCAUCCAGGACUCAUCGAUGCCAUAAAGCCCUACAUGGACCACUAUGAUAAUGUGGAUGGGGUCAGCUAUAGGAGAGCCAUAUUUCUGUUCCUAAGCAAUAUCGGUGGUGCUGCCAUCAAUGAGGUGGCACUGGAUUUCUGGCACUCGGGACAGAAUAGGGAAGAUAUCGGCAUGGAAGACUUGGAACAUCUUCUGCGGGCUGAAGCCAUGGAGGCAGAAGGAGGUUUUGCACAGAGCGAGCUGAUGUCAGGCCAUCUUAUUGACUUCUUUGUACCGUUCUUGCCGCUGGAGUACCGGCAUGUGAAACUGUGUGCACUUGAUGCAUAUGCAGCUCGUGGCCUUCAGCCGGAUGAGGGGACGCUGGAUGAAGUGGCCAAAGCCAUGAUGUAUGUUCCUAAGGAGGAGAAACUCUUCUCUGCACAGGGCUGCAAAUCCAUUCCUCAAAGGAUCAAUUUCUUUCUACCAUAACGGAGCGUAACAUAAAAUCACUGACAUUAAAGAAACAGAAUAUACUUGAAUGAAGCAGAAAUGACUGCUGAUAUCUGAAAUGCAAAUUAUACAACAUUGACAAUGCAGAAAAAACAGAGUUUCAACUCUAUAUAUUACACUCUGAGAGAUAGAACAGGAACAGAGGAGCUUGCUCGUGGCAAACCCUACUGUAAUGAUAUUUUUUAUAAGAACCUUUUUAUGUACAUCUAUCUUAGCUACUUCUAUCAAACAAGCAACAUUACAGUUUACGUGCAUUGAUCUGAACUUAAGCAACUUAACCUCUUUAAAAAUAUUGUAUUUACAGUAAUGCACUUACAAUGGGAGGCUAGGCUAUUAGUCAAACAGGCAGAACCACAACAUUAAAGGUUUUUUUAACAUUUGGGAAUUACUCUUUUUUUACUUCCGUAAUAUGUAUUUCUGAGCUAAACAGGAUAUUGAAUAGAAAAAAUUAAAGUGGGAAUCGAUUGGAUCUGCUGAGUUUUCCUUGUAAGUAUAUUAUUAUUGGCGAAUGUGUUUUAGUUUGUUUUCACAAACUGAAAAGACCAUUUUAAAUAAUUUUCUGUGCUAAUCAACUGUAUGCCACUAAGCAGCUAAAUGUUUAUUUAAUCUGGAAUAUUUCUUUAAGUUGCUGUUUAAGAACAUUGUACAUUUUUGGCAUAUUUCAGUAAUCAUUGUCUGCAUUAAUGAUCACAUUUCAAGAUUUAUGUCUUGAAAUGAACAAUUAAAAAAAUUGUUUAAUACAUUUAUCGUAUACUUUUUGUGUGUGUUGUGUAUUUUAAGGUUACAGACUUUUUUGUUGUUUUAAAAAUGACUCAGCUUAACUAAAUGUUACCUCUGCUUUUUGUUUUUGUUUAUUGAUGUUUCCAUUUUGAACACAUUAUGAUAUGAAAAUGAUUGAGUUGUUGGGGAAGAGAUGAAGAUAUGCUACUGAAAUUAUUGUAGGUAGAAAAAAAAGCUACAGUGAUAAGCUUGACAAACAUGAGAUUGAAGGAAUCAUUGCUUUACAUUUUAGGCUUGAUGUAAUUAACGUUUUUUUCUCACAAGCCUGUAUGUAUUUUUCUGUUGUUUGCUCAUUUAUCAAAUUAACAUGAUUUUAUUCACUGUACUCAAGACAGUUGUCAUGCUAGUAAACAUAUAUCUUUGGUCAUUUCCUUGUAACGCAUUAGUUUUUGAUUUUACUUGUCAGCCCUGAUAAUGUUACUGCUACUGAAAGAACUAGAUUUUGUCACCUGCUAAAAUUAUAAACUUUUGUAAAGGUUUUGUCUACAAAUAAUAUCAGGCAAGUGAUACCAAAAGAGGUGCCUAUUGUCUGUUAUUUUUGGUUGAGCAAGCUUAAAAUCUGCAUUACGAUUUCCCAUUGAUAACAGACACCAGUGGGAAACUGUCAAAUGCCCUUGUUACUGAUUACUUAUAUUUGAGGUGAAAAAAAGAAAGAAAGAAAUAAAAGUUACAUGUGCCAAGCUCUCAAAA